AGUCUGCAGUAAUCUUGCACCACAUCAGCUUCUCUGUAAACCAGAGAUCUGCCAUGCCAUGCUUGAUGUUGUUGCUGAAGGCUGGGAAACACACAGAAAUCCUUGCACCAGUCUAUGGAAAAAGUGUCAUGGAGGUCUGCAUAUUCUUCCUUUGUGCUAUGAUAUCUGUCCCAGGUAUUGCUGCCAGUGUGCAUCAGGUGAAGGCAUUUCUCAAUCACACUGCAUACCUCUCCUGCUAUUUUCCAAACUCUCAGAAAAUUGACAUGAGGGACUUAAUAGUUUUUUGGCAAAAAGGCUCUCAUAGAGUGGUGCAUGAAGUAUACUACGGUGAAGAAAAACGUGAUCACCUUAGUCCUGAGUAUAUAAAUCGCACCAAGGUGGAUAUGGACAAAUGGACCUUGCAAUUGUUAAAUGCAGGAGUUAAGGAUGAGGGACACUAUGAGUGUAUCGUACAGCACAAAAAGGAAGGACCACCAAAGGUCAUACACACGUCUGAGUGUUCACUGCACAUCACUGCCAACUACAGUCAACCUGAGAUAGCACAACUGCACACUGGGGAACUAAAGCCCAAUGGAUACUUGAAUCUUUCCUGUUCAUCCAUUGGAGGUUAUCCAGAGCCCAAGGAGAUGACUUGGCUAAUUUCAUAUGGAAACACAACAUACAAGCAUAUGCCUCACAUGGACGUCUCACAGGAUGCUGUAACAAAGCUGUACAAUGUUACUAGCAAGCUGAAUAUCCCAGUUCCUACAAACAGCCUCACUAAUAUUAGCUGCUUGCUUCACCUCAGAGAGCAGCUGGGAAUCCUUGUCUCAGCACCACUACAUAUUGAGAUACAGGAGAAAGAAGUGGAACAAGUAAAUAUAAAUUUCUCUGGCCCGCUUAUAGCUGUGGUUGUACUGGUUGCACUUCUUCUGGGUUUUGUGAUAUUGAAGAAGAUCAGAAAUAUCUUGUCUACCAACCAGAGUGUCAGUCUAGCAGUCUAGAAGCUAUCCAUCUUGAAACUGAGGCCAUCAGCCAGACUACUGACAGAGAACUGCCUCAGCACACAGCAGGACCUGAGGUCCUAUGUUUUUAGAGUCUCUGCCAGAACGAGAAUCCUCCACAGAUGCCCUACAGAACAACAUGCAACAUUUUGUCUAAUGGCUGAAACCUACUGCCCAGUGUUCUCUGUUUUUAUUCUUGCUCCGGGAUGGUAGUAAAUAUGAUGCUCUGCCUCUCUGCAUGACUACAUUUUUGAUGUAUCUUUUAUUGCGCUCUUUGAAAAUGUAAAAUCCUGACAGUGAAUGAAGAAAGCAGAGCUGCAUGGGUUAUGGAAUGUCUCAGAAAGAGAAGGAGUUGGGCCACAAUCUGUGAAUCAUAACCAUUGCUGCAAACAGGCAGGCUAUUAGUCACAGAAUCACAGAAUGGCUUGGGUUGGAAGGGACCUUAAAGAUCAUCUAGUUCCACUCCCCUGCCUAAUCAUGAGGCACAAAUGCUUUUGGCAGAGCCAGUGUGGCUCUGUGUACCAGUAACUUUCUUGUAAAGCUUCACGCCAGUAAGAGGAACUUCAGGGCAUUUCCCCACCUUCUGAGAAAAGUCGUGCAAUUCCUAUCAGGCAUUUGAAACUAGAAAUAAUCUCAAGGCAAUACCUGCUUUAAACAUAAUUUCUGAUUAUCCUAAUUUUUUUUAAUAUCAUCCAAGCUUUAUGUGCCCAGACAGUUAGUACUUCCAUGCUUUGUUCUUCUGUAUUCUGACCGAAUGCCGUAGUAGUUGUUCAGGUGGAUGCAGGGAUAGAAAAUGAAAGCAUGAGGUAUCAUUCAUACAUGUGUAUAUCUAAACAUACAAAAUUAAGCUGAGCAGAUAAUGAAAAAUAUUACAUGAGUAGGUCAUGUUCCAAUUUGGUUGACUGUGU